AUGAAGCUCAAGCUCAAGAACCCCAACGCGGCCCCCGGCAGCGCGCCGGCCGCACCACCUGCGCCGCCCACCAACGGAGAUGCAGCGCCCGCAGCGCCUGCACCCCCCGCUGCAAAGCCCGGUGGCUUCAAGCUCAAGCUGAAGCCGGCAGCCCCUGCGCCCGCGGCAGACGGCGAUGCGCCCGGCGACGCGCCCAAGCAGAAGCGCAAGUACACCAAGAAGCCCAAGACCGACGACAACGGAAACGGAAACGGAAACGGAAACGGAAAUGCGAUUCUGCCCGCCAAACCGGGACCCAUGAAGAGGGCGCGUGAGGACGGCGAGGACGGCCAGGCGCCGGUGGCAAAGCGAAAGCCCAAGCCAACGCAAAAGAGCCUCGACCGAGGAGACGAGAGUGACGACGAGGACAUGGCCCCAGAGCCCGUGCAGACACUCCCACGGAUCCCCGCAAACCGCCAGACCUCCCUCAAGCUGUCGAUCAAACCCAAGCCUUCAGCUUCCGGCGCGCCCGCCCCGUCGCGCGGCACAACAUUGCUGAAGGUCAAGGGUGCGGGCCGGCCUCCGUUCAGACCACCAGGUGUAGGAUACGACAGUGAAGCCGACGAGGCAGAGCCCGACCCCGCGAUAGAGGCACAGUUCGUCUUGCGCAUGCUGCCGGGGCCCGACUGCGACCUCCUCCGCAAGUCCAUCGAGGAGAAGACCAUUGGCAGGAGCGUCAUGCAGGGCGGACCAGGCGUCUACUUCAGGUUCUUCGACCGCGAAGGCAGGAAGGCCAUGGUCACCAUCCAAGGCCGCCACUACGCCGCCUCGAUGGUGGAGCUGCCCAACAUCAUCGAAUCCAUGAAGAGCUGGAACAAGAAGGACUGGGUCAAAACUGCAGACGUCUGCCAGAUGCUCCUCGUUCUGGGUAGAGUCCAGAACGAAGACGAAGCGAAAAAGUACCCGCGACCUGGCUACGUCGAGGAAAACUCGCACCGCUUCCCCCAUGGUCUCACCCCACCCAUGCGCUGGGUCCGCAAGCGGCGCUUCCGACCGCGCAAGUCGUACCUGGACGUCGAGCGAGCCGAAGCUGAAAUGAACGCAUUGUUGGCCGCCGACGAGAACGCCGAGAAUACAAAGUACGACUUGGUGGACGAGGGAGCCGAGUCUUCGGAGGACGAGUCUGGUUCAGAAGACGACGAGGACCAAGAGAUGAUGAAUGCACCAGCCGAGACGCCUAUCGAAGAAGUCGACGCGGCAGCUCUAGAGGAAAUGCUGCAAGCUGGGUUCAUGGAAGACGACGAUGUCGAGAUCCAGGCUGAUGGCGACGACCUCGAGGCUCUCUUCGGCAACAGUGACACCGUCCAACUACAAACGCCUGUCACGGCACACGACGCAGCCAUGCACGCGCUUGCACAGAACGGGAGCAUUGUUGUCGAGCCUGAGACUGUUCCAGCUACGCCCGCCGCCGCAACAUCAGCCGAGGAAGAUGAUGACGACGAUGACGACGACGAUUCAGACGACGACGAAGUGGAUGAAGCGGCUGCAGCUGAGCAACAACGGAGAGAAUUGCUGGAAGCAGAGGUCGCGGAGCUGGAGAAGGCCAUUCAGCAGAGCAUUGAGUCGCGCGACAAGCAGAACAACGGGCUGUUCAAACAGCGUAUGAACAAGACGAUCGAGAGGCAGCAGCAGGAUCUCCAUAUCAAGAAGAAGCAGCUGAACGAGCUGAACGGCAACGACGAUGCGGACGACUAG